CAUGCUGACCUAACUUUAACAUCUGGACCGUGAAACACCGGCUGGCUCUGUCAGAGUUUGCGCGCGUGCUGAGGACGCGCGCUCCCCUGUCAUAAUGUUUGACUUGCUUGCAUGUGUCAGCCAGCAGCUAGCUGCCGUUAGCUUGGCUAGCCUCGGAGAAGAAAGUGUGUUUGCGGUCGUUUUGACAGCUCGGCACGAAACCGAAAACAGACAGACGUCUUCUGGUCAUUCGGAGGCUUACACCGGCUCGCGGUUUUCGUGUUGACAACACAGUUUAUCCACAAUAAUGUAGAACGGAGACUAGAAAGAGCCAAGGUUAUCUAACCAGCCGCGCGGCUGUUUCGUUGUUUUUAAGAGACGUGACACCGAACUCCGUUUAAAAAAUAUUCGCAUUUAAAGAUGGUUUCCUCUUGCGCAGAUACAUAUUCACGCUAUAACCUUCACGUAUUAGUAGGAAAACUCGUUAAAUUCGGUCCGGCUAAAAUAUUAAAGUUCACGUAUGCAGCUACUCUUACCAAAACAACGUGUUAGCGGCGGGACCGUCACCAAACAGCUCAAUCUUUCCUGACAUUUGGACUGUUUUUCCGACACACAGUGCUGUUUGAUGGAUGUAUUCCAGGCCGAAAGUCUCUAAACAUCUAAUUAAGUCAUGAACAGUCAUAAGUUAUCCAUAUACUCCGUCUACAUACUUUCAGAAAGCAACGCCACUUAAAAUUUCCAUUUUUUUAAACGAGCUUCUGUUUAAAAAAUCCAAAGCCAACAUAACAGCUGCAGCCUGCACGCAGCAUCAGCCAUCCUGUUGUUUUGAAGGUGGAGCAUCCCACUGGGUGCGCAGCGUGUCAUGGACGCAGUGAAGGAGAGUCACAAGAGCAGCCUGAGCUCGGGCAGAAUGGUGGCCCUGGCUGCGGGGCUGUCUGUCGGGGCCACAGUGGGCUACAUGGUCUAUCGUCACAUAAGCAGCACCAACAACACUCAGGAGCCCAGCCCUGAGGUGUCCAAGAUGACGCUUCCUGUAGAGGUUUAUAGGAACAUAUCCAGGUACCAAGCCAAGUUUUUGGACAUGGUGACCCAGAAGUCUGGAGCUCACGUCAGGGUUCUGUCAGAUUCAGGGGAGCCUGCGUGUAAGACGGCUGUGUGUUUCCUGCUGCAGGGCUCUAAGGAGCAGAUCCUGCUGGCCCGCUGCGUCCUGGAGAACCUGGUCACUGACUGUGAACCAGUGACUGAGGCUUUGGAGGUUCCUCAGACCGCAUUUGGACGUAUAAUAGGCCGUGGUGGAGAGAGUUUGAAACUGAUCACCAGGACCACAGGAGCCAAAGUGGCUUGUUCGAAAGAGAAGACGCACGGUCCCGGUGCAAAGGGCAACGUGACGAUCACGGGGACCAGACAGGAAGUGCAACAGGCCAAGGAGCUGAUUGUAGAAAAAGUCAGAGAGGACACAAUGGUGAGGACGAAGAUCUCCCAGUCAUCUGCCCUGCGGCAGAAACGAGGCCACACUGCUGCGGUUCAGAGGCCGGACAGCACAGAGACUGAAGCACCGGUGGGCUUAAACAACAACAGUCUGCACUCUCAGGUGGAGAAAAACAGGCUGAUCCAUGCCAACGGAACCACAGGAGAACCCAAAGAUGUUUUUGACAAGAUGGAAGAGCUGAAGCUCAACACAGACAACAACAAGGAGGAGGACAGUGUCUCCACUGACUCUCUGUCUGAAAUCUCCAAGUUUGAAAUUCCCAGCCCAGACCUGAGCUUCCAGCCCGACGAACAUCUCGAGGUUUAUGUUUCUGCCUACGAGAACCCAAACCACUUCUGGAUCCAGAUCCUGGGCGUGCGCUCCCUGCAGCUGGACAAACUGACCGAGGAGAUGAACCGCUUCUACAACAGCAGCAACCCCACUGAGCAGAGGGUGGAGACCAUCGUGGUGGGGGACAUUGUGGCUGCUCCAUACAAAGACCACGGCACAUGGAACAGGGCCAGGGUGCUGGGAGUGCUGAGCUCCGGACUGGUUGACCUUUACUACGUGGACUUUGGAGACAACGGGGAGCUGCCCAGAGACGGCCUGUGCCGCAUGAGGAGCGACUUCCUCAGCUUGCCAUUCCAAGCUAUUGAGUGCAACUUAGCAGGAGUGAGACCAAAAGAGGAGGUGUGGACCGAGGGCGCUCUGGACGAGUUUGAGCGGCUGACACACUGCGCCUCCUGGAGACCCCUGCAGGCCAAACUCUGCAGCUACUCUCACUCUGAGAUCUCCUCCUGGCCCAGCGUCAAGCUCUAUGACAACAGUGACGGCAAGACCGUAGAUAUCGGCGAGGAGCUCAUACGGCGGGACCACGCAGUCAGUUUCCAGGAAGUGGCGAAUGGGAAGACGGAUCGGGACAACCUUGGCUGUCUGCAGAGGAUGCUGGAUGACGUGAUCGGAGCCUCGUCAGAGCUCAGCCUCUCCUGUAUCAGCCUAUCGGGCUCUCGGCAACAAUGUGAAGAUCAUCCGUCUGAGCAGGCAUCAUCUGCGUCCUCUCCAUGUUACCCACAUAUCCUGAGAUCCACGCAGCUACACACUGUCAGUCCCUCAUCUACAUUCACGCACAGCUUUGCCCACUCAAGUCCAGCCAAGAUGAUUCACAUGGUUCAGUCAUCGCCUACACAAACCCACGCCACCAGUCGUGCUCAUUCUCACAUCUCUGUGCCAGCGCUCACAAACUCACAACUUCCUUUUCCCUCCUCUGCUUCCUACCCGGGGAGUCCUUUGUGCAUUCGGGAGUUAAGCAGUGAUGAGAUGAUCGAGAAAGGAAGUGCCUAUGAAGGAGAGACGGACCAUGAAAUGUCCACAGAGAGCUUCUACUCCUGUCAGAGCUCGAGCACAGAGGACGACAGUGUGGCAUGGAGCUGCAUCAGCACAACCUCCACAUCUGCCCACUGUGACACAAGCCAGGACUCCAGCCACAGCGAGGAGUAUGGAGAGAAUGUUUGGCAACAAGGAGAUGAAGAGGAUAAAGGAAGAGAUAGCAGCGUCCUCGCUAACAGCACUGAUGUUAUUUACUGUGGAGACGAGGAACAGGAGCAGCUGGAAACAAGUAAUGGACAGGGUGGUGUAGAUAGUGACCUGAGUGGAGGUGGAAUUGAUGAGAAAAUACAUUUAGGGGGGGAAAUAUUGGAUAAAGUAAAAAUGAGAGUUGGUAGGACGCCUCACUCUGACAGGUUUCAGAUAAGAGCAGAAGAGGAACAUAAAUGUGGAAGUAACAGCUUCACAGACGACAAGCUGUCAGGACAGAGAGCAGACUUCAGCAUUAACCCAUGUCCAUAUACAACACAUGACACAGGCACAGAAGCUGCCUCAAUCUCAGGAAGUGUUGAUGAUGUCAUAGAGGACGAGCUGGUCUGACACCAAAGCAAGUACACGAAUAUUAAGCACUGACCAUCCGCUCCUCUGCAUCGGCUCAAACCAGAUAAAGAGGACGUUUCUCUCGUCUGACCCAAACUCAACCACGUGAACCCUCAUCGUGAAGCCUUACCUACUUGACAAGCGACAGUUCUUCCAGCCAUAUUCACUUUAUUGUUGUCACUUGGUCCAAAAUCAAUUCUUCUGUUUUGCCUUCAUGCUGUUGUGUUGCACCCGAUGCUGCUUUGCUUCCAUGUGUUGUUACUAUAUUUUCUGUUCAAGAAAUGAAGGUACAAAAACAGAAUGCCAGUAUUAUUUUUGAAAAGCACUGUGAUAUGAGUCACUGGAACCAGAAGGCAGCUGGCGAGCUAAUAACGUCUAGUUUCAAUACUUGUAUGUGUAUUAAGAUUUAAUGGCCUAUAUAUUGGGCUUCACGAGUUAUUCUAUUUUGGAAAAUAAACAUAAUAUUAUUGAAUGUGGUCCUCAGAUUGUGUUCAAAUGUGGAAUCUACUGUAUCGUUACCUAUGGACAGACGUGAGUGAUAGCCUGUCUUCAGAGGUGUAGUAGACUGCACUAUAUCAAAUAAAGGAUUUAUUUUAUGUCA